AAAAUGAACAGAAUUCCGAACUGAACAUUAGAGAGCCACUCCACCUCACAGAGUGUCCGCUUACCCCACUGGCACCAUCCCAGCACCCCGGACCCUUCAUAACCCCACAUAAACUCACCUCGAUAGUUCAGCCAAAACGAGUCACGUGACACAUUUGUCGAGUGCGAUUCUCUCCUAAUCCCCAGUCAACCGUUCCAACUUCGUCCCUAGAUUGCAUCCAGAGGAUACUUGCCUAGACCAUCAAACACAAAGACUGUCCAUUCCGACCAUUUCUAACCAGCAAAGGACAUAAUCUGAAAAAAACCACCCCAAAACAGCAAAAACCACCGCCACAAUGCCACGUUUAGAAGAAUGGGAGAUCAAGAAGUACUGGGAGAUCUUUCAAGGAUUGAAGCCUGAAAACAACAAAUUGACGGGAGAAAAGGUGUCGCCGGUGUUGAAAAACUCACGACUCCAAGAUGCACAAUUGUCUCAGAUUUGGGAGCUUUCCGAUAUCGAUAACGAUGGCAAAUUGGAUUUUGAAGAGUUCUGUAUCACCAUGAGAAUGAUCUUCGACUUGGUCAACGGAUCCAUCACUAGCAUACCCUCAGAGUUACCAGGAUGGUUGGUUCCAGGCUCCAAGGUCCACUUGAUACAGGCAAACCGUGCAGUCAAUGGCAACACCUCGGUGGACCCCAGCUUCAACGAUGACGAUGGAGAGGACGGCUUGAGUGACGAUUUCGACUGGUACAUCUCGCCUACUGAUAAAUCCACCUACGAGGCCAUCUAUAACUCCAACAGCGACUCAUACGGUAGAGUCAGAUUCGACUCAUUGGACUCCUUAUACAAGACAUUGUCCAAGGUGCCUUCAAGUGAUAUCUCGUCUGCGUGGAACUUGGUCAACCCUAAAUCUUUCGAAACUAUCGAUAAAGAUCAGGUGUUGGUGUUUUUACAUAUUUUGAACCAAAGAGAAAACGGAAAGAGAGUCCCACGAGGAGUUCCAGCAUCGUUAAGAGCAACCUUCUCAAAGGAAGUCCCUAACUACGAUUUAUCAGCCAACUCAAACUACAAGUCCGGCAACUCAGGCCCAAGAUACACUGAACCUAGCGGCACGAAGAAAUUUGCAAGCAACUACUUGACCAAAAUAGGUCAGGCAACUAAUGAAAAGGGUACAGACUUCUCAGCAACGGAAGGAACCGAUUGGGAAGAGGUGAGAUUGAGAAGGGAAUUGACUGAGUUGGAGAAUUUGUUGGAAAAAGUGGAGAAAGGCUCCAAGUACUAUGAGGAAGAAGACCAAAAGAACUCGCUUGUGAAGUACGAGCUCGAGCAAUUAUUAAAGUACAAAGAAGGUUUAUUGAAUAAAUCAAAAAGCAGAGGAAACGACAAAGAUUUGGAUGACGUCAAGAACGAUAUAGAAUUAAUCGAGUCGCAAGUUUCUACCCUCGAAGAGUUCUUGACGCAAAAGAAUCAAGAAUUGGCUCAAAUUCAAGAGGAAAUAGGGAGUUUGAAGGCCUGAAAUGCAACAGUAAUAUUCUACAAUAAGCGGAAACAGCCAGCUUCAGGCUGUAAAAAUUUCGACUGAUCUAAUUUCCAUUGAUCAAUAAAUAGUACUAUAUAAAAAUGCAUGAAAAGAUGAGAAAUUAAAGGAUGAACGGGG